UAGUGAUAGUGAAAGUACCUCGAUACUACUACUUCCGUGUUUUGGUGACCUUUGCCGCUAGGGGGCCUGUCUUGAAUUAUUACCCAUAAUUCCUGUAAUGUGGUAGACCGAGAGACGAAAAUGGCUCUUCAUCGUUCGUCGAUGUCCAGUAGAAGGGGUUCUAAGAACGAUUCACAGAAAGACGACGACGAACCAGACAAUAACGGAUACAUACAGAUACUUGUUAAGCCGCUGGAACAAGGACAUUUUAAUCUUGUCCUGAAUUGGUUCGGUAUACACAAUUUCUCGACCCAGCAAGUCGGGGCAGCAUAUGGACUAGUCGUUCUCUUAGGCAGUGUGUUAUUGUAUCAACUUGUGAAGUGUGAUCUUGGUUCGUAUUUUCAACGACUAUGUGGGGUGCUUGUACCAAUGUUUACAAUUAUGUGCUGUUUUUACUGGCUGUCACUUUAUUUAAGACAAAGUUGGAACACGACAAGCGUAUAUUUUCUUUUUUCAUCUUGUUUUGUGGGAGAGACCAUAGCUCAAAUUCUCAUCAGCAACUGGUUUGGGGGCACAGGAAGUUCACCCCCUCAGGACACAGGCGGGGGUGGAGAAGUACCCCCGUCCAGUCCAACAACACAACCCCUUGUAGUUUUUAUUGUGCUCUUUUCAGUGUGCACAUCUAGUGUAUUUUCUUCCCUGGAAACAAUACACAGUGCUAUGGUCAUAACACUUGUAAGUUUUACCAGGUUUUUAGCCUGUUCAUCUUUAGGUGAUUUGCCUCCAAGCCUCAGACCAUAUUUGGCCUACAUUUGUGGUCUUGUUGGAAUCAUCAUAUCUAAAUAUAUGGAAACAAUAUUAAAACCCCCAAUAAAUAAUUUCAUGACGCAUGAUGGGAAAAUAUCGGUCAUAAAGAGACGACGAUCAAGUUCUUCAAGUGCACAUGCGUUUUCCGCUCAUAGAUCGGCAAGACGUACGUCAUUACCAGCUUUGAUACCAAAAUCACAGUGUUCUUCAUCCAGUUUCGAGUCCGCCAUACUUGGAGAGGCCCAUGGUCUUAUCACAGACAUGCUUGCAGACGUGUCAUUGCCCCCGAAUGUGAUCAGUGGCUUGAGAACGCUAGGGAACCUCCUCAAACCAGCAGAGAGUCAUUCGUCUUUCCACAAACCCCGCGUCAGUCCGUUGGUGUCCCUCACGGAAUCCACCAACUACAGCUCUGACAAUGAGGAGAGUCCUUAUACCGGGGAGCGACCCUCCAUGCUGCCAAAGAAGAUGCGUAGGAGUCUGCCUCCGAGCCUGAUUCGGCGAAUGUCCACCAGUACCUGGACGACCACCACCUCGGCUACGGGCAUGCCCACGCUGGAGCUGGAACCUUGUCGGAUCCGAAGUUCAAGCUUCCGACACUCUCGUGAUGGAACUCCCGCCUCCAGUCCGGUGGGAAGCCGUAGUAAUAGCCCCUCUCCUAGCUCCCCAACAGUUAUUCUAACAAUUCCCAAAUCACGCUCGUUCUCUCUAGCUUCACCCUCGCCUGUGGGAUCUAGUCAUUCCAAGCGAUUUUCACGUAAAAGCAUGGCUUCCUCUGUCCAGGGACUGGAAAGUUCCGCUGGAAGGGGGGAUAGCUUAUCAUCAUCAUUAUCAUCAUCAUCAUCUUCCUCUAAACAUAUCAGUUCAUACUCUACUAGUACUACUAAAGAAGAUUCUGACUUGUCCCCUUCUGCCAUGGAGGAGGGAGAACACACGAAGCUUCCGCUCAUUAAAGAGCAGCAGAUGACCUCUCUCCGCAGGUUAAACAUUACCUCCGAUUACGAGAGUAAUGACUCUCCAAGUAGCAGUGAUCAUAGUGAUGGUGUGAUGACCUCGGACGACCUUGUAUCAGGGUCGCCUCCCAAGAGGCCCGUGUACAACCGAGGCUCAUCCUCGACUCAGGCAGCUUCACAGUUUAGAAGGGUGAUCCAUGAUACUCGAAUAGCGGACGAGCUGGGUGUAGAUACAGCCGAGGAUGCUGACGAGGAAGAUGUGGAUGACCAUGAAACAGAUGAAAUCCCCCCUUCAGUGGUUCCGGAUGUUAAAAAAGACAGUUCAUGCGGAACGGUGCCCCUCUUGCUUGAGCUUGGGGAGGACAGGACAGACAGUGCUAAGUCAGUGUGUAGUGACAUUCUCCCGUGGGAUGUGAAUACGAUUGAACAAUGUGAUAUCUUACACAUACAUAAGUUGAACGAAUGGGAUUUUCCUAUAUUUGAAUUAUCGGAUAAAUUCCACGAUACAAUUCUCAGUAGGAUGAUAUAUAAACUAUUUAUGGAAGUGGGUUUGUUCGAGACAUUCCGAAUACCAGUAGCACCGUUUUUACAAUUCUUUCAUGAGUUGGAGAUCGGCUACAAAGACAAACCAUAUCAUAACCGUAUACAUGCGUCGGACGUCCUACAUGGUGUAUAUUACUUAUCUACACAACCCAUACCGGGCUUCACACAACUCCAUACCACUGACAUGUUUUCAAGAAACGGCUCUUCCAGUGAGUCGGAAUCGGACUGUGUUGAGAAAAUGACACACCGAGCAGGGAGUUUCAUGGCGGAGGAUAGCUAUGGCAUUAUGGGAGGAAAUUUUCCUGCUUUAGAACUAAUGGCAUUAUACACAGCUGCUGCCAUGCACGAUUAUAACCAUCCGGGUCGUACAAAUGCUUUUCUUGUGGCUACACAUGCUAAACAGGCAAUCUUGUACAAUGACCGGUCAGUAUUAGAGAAUUAUCAUGCUGCGGCAGCGUGGCAGUUACUAUUGUCCAAUCCUCAUCACAACUAUUUGUCCGGACUUGACCAAGCCGAAUUCAAGAGAUUCCGCUUCCUAGUUAUAGAGCUCAUCCUCGCCACAGAUCUCAAGCGCCACUUUGAAAUCCUUGCCGAAUUCAAUGCAAAAGUAAACGAUGAAGAAUCGUCGACAGGAAUUGACUGGUCAGUAGAAACAGAACGGCUAUUGGUUAUGCAGAUGGUCAUCAAACUGGCGGACAUUAAUGGACCGGCCAAAACCAAACAUCUGCAUCGACAGUGGACAUACCGAAUAGCAGAGGAGUUCUAUGAACAGGGAGACGAGGAGUUAGGCCUGGGAAUGCCGAUUUCACCCUACAUGGACCGGAAGAUGCCACAACUGGCCAAGCUUCAGCAAACCUUUAUCAACCAUCUGGUGGCACCAUUGUGUAAUGCCAUGGUUACAGGUGGCCUGCUGCCCGGCACCUGGGUGGAAGAUCCAGACAGUGAUGCAGAGGCUUCAGGACAGUCGGAUACAGAUAAAACAGACAACACGUGUAAAGAUACAGAGGAUGAGAACGAGACCGACCAAGAUACAGGAUCUCCUGUGCUGAUGAAGUUUGCCAAGAAACCGAGGAAGGUAAACUGCCUGCUGACGAAGAAUAUGAAGGAAAAUUACGAAUACUGGAUAGGGGUUAUGAAACAAGAGGAACUACAAAAGGCGAACAGUGAAACUUCUACCGAGUCAGGACAGCAGCCAGAGAACAGUAGUGAGAUGGAACCCAUCAAGGAGGAAACAGAAUCGGCAGCCUCGGCUAACAGUUCGCCAGGGGCCCCAGGAACUCCCUCUAAAGAAUCGGCUGUCCAGUCGGACGAUACUGACAACACUUUGGAGGAGGAUAAGUGAUUUUCACAGACAGAUGGAUUCAAAAUUCACGGGGACCUGACAAUGUUAAUUGAAGGCUUACAGUUCACUUGAAUCGGAAGUUCUAUCAAACUUGCUGAAUCCUGGAUGUGUGUUGCCAGUGAUAAGACCUGAAAACAUUACAGGGUAAAAAAAACCACUCAAUCGGGCCCUUGGUUAUUACUUAUUAAUUCACUGGGACUUAGUAUUAUGUGGCUACAAAACUCACAGAAACUGGAGUAUGCUACGUGACUUCAAACUUUACUUGAAAGAGGUCGCAAAGCUUACUGUGAUCUACGAAUUGUGUUAGUUGGCUGCAAAACUCAUAUGGAUCUGAAAUUGUUAAGUGGUGAAAAUUAUCGCCAUCUUCACCACAAAAUCCCUUUUCUUCUCUUCCGGUACAAGAUACAUAGUCUUUUGUAUUAUUGAACUUACUGCUUAUCAAUGGCAUUGGAUACAACAGCUCCAGGGAAGAGUUCUCUCAGGGGAGAUAAUUCACUUCCAGGAUAAAGCCACCUUCAACAAGGACUGGUGAC